ACAAAUCGGGGGUGGUUGGGCGAUCAAUUCCCAACCCAGUGUUGGACGCGUUGUUUCUGUUUCACACUUCAGUUACUGUUCGGACGGAGCUACGGUCAGUCGGUCAGAAGUAGUCAAUCUAUCGGUCAGAGCUAGUAGCGUAUUUGUUUUGUGUUUUACAAAGCCGAGGCGACUCGUAGCGUUGAUUUUUGUGGCAUUUGUCAUCCCAGAGGUGAAUGAGUUCCGUAUUCCCCGAGCAGCAGCAGCUGGCGAACGGUGGAAAGUCGGUGACUUUCGGAGUGGUACAGAUUUGACCUUCGACCGGUGGCGGCGGUGGCAUGAAGAACUCCAAGAAGUACAUCAUCGGGCUAUCGGCCCUGCUCAUCAUUCUGGUCGGCUGCGGACUGGCCGUUGGCAGAGCCCUGAAUGGCGAUGACAAUUACGAGUACGAUGAGACUCCCAAAACCGUAGAACAAAUCCUGUCGGAUGUCCGCAGCCUAAUGGAGGACAAUUCUGUCGCAGCGUACAUUGUACCCUCGGUCGAUGCCCACAGUAGUGAAUACGUUUCAGCACACGAUCGUCGUCUUCAGUACGUGACCAAUUUUACUGGUUCCGCCGGCACGGCCAUCAUUGCACUUCAGGCCGCCGCUCUGUGGACGGAUUCGCGCUACCAUUUGCAGGCGGAGAAUCAGCUGGAUUCGGAUCACUGGACGCUAAUGAGGGAGGGUCUGGCGGAUGUCCCAACACGGGACGAUUGGCUGCUGAAGAAUCUUCCUGCGGGGUCCCAAGUCGGAACGGACCCCUUUCUUAUCACGCCCACGGAGUUUGAUCGUCUGUCACGGGUUUUGAGUGCCGGUGGCCUGCGGUUGGUGACACUCGAGCGCAAUCUGGUGGACAGUGUGUGGAACAACCGGCCGCCGCAGAUCAACGAACCACUGAUCCCGCUGGAUAUUAAAUAUUCGGGAAAACGAGCCUCUGAGAAAAUCGCGGAUCUCCGCGAUGAAUUAACGGAAAAGAAAGCGUCAGCGAUUGUAAUCAACGGUCUGGAUGAAAUCGCUUGGUUGUUCAAUCUGCGCGGAUCGGACAUCCGCAACACUCCCGUGUUCUUCGCAUAUGCCAUAGUCUCCAACGAUCAGAUCCUACUGUUCACCAACCCGGAACGAAUAAACGAAACCAUUCGAGCACACUUCCGUUCGGAAGGUAUCACGGUGACGGUUAGAGAAUACGACGAUAUCCUUGCCGAAAUAAAAGAACUUGUGGAAGAACACGGAAAAUUGAUUAUUGCCACCUCCUGCAGUCACGCGUUUUACGCGCAAAUUCCAGCUGAUCAGCGGAUUCAACUCUACAGUCUAGUGGCGACUAAGCGAGCCGUGAAAAAUUCCGUGGAAGCGGAAGGGAUGCGAAGGGCACAUAUCAGAGAUGGUGCAGCUGUCGUUCGAUACCUCCAUUGGUUGGAAGAGAACGUCGACUCUGGCAACGUAACCGAACUGUCCGGGGCGAGUAAGCUGCGCGAAUUUCGCAGUGUUCAACAAAACUUUGUCAGCCUGAGCUUCACGGCAAUCAGUGCCUUCGGGUCCAACGCAGCCAUCGUUCAUUACAGUCCAACGGAGGAAACGGACACUCUGAUAACACGAGACAAUAUCUACCUCAUCGAUUCCGGCGGACAGUAUUGGGAUGGGACCACCGAUGUUACCCGGUCGGUUCAUAUGGGUGAACCAACCGCUUUCCAAAGGGAAGCCUUCACCAGAGUGCUGAAAGGUUUUCUGAGCCUCGGUUCGACUGUCUUCCCCCCGAAAACUUCGGGAACGUUCUUCGAUGCUAUGGCGCGGCGGGCACUGUGGGACGUAGGUUUGGAUUAUGGGCACGGAACCGGUCACGGGAUAGGAUCCUUUUUGGGAGUUCACGAGUACCCGCCUUCAAUCGUUUCCAGUACGGUAUCGCCGGGAAAUGUGGGUCUACAGGAGAACAUGUUUUCUUCCAACGAACCCGGUUACUACGAACCGGAUGAGUUCGGGAUCCGCUUGGAAGAUAUCGUGCAGGUGGUGAAGGCAGAUGUUCGGUUUGACUUUGCCGGUCGGGGUGCGUUGACAUUCUACGCGAACACGGUUGUUCCGCUGCAGACCAAACUGAUGGAUGUGUCGUUGAUGACGGAACACGAGGUAGAACUGGUGAACCGGUAUCACGAGAGGGUUCUGAAGGAGGUUGGUCCGUUGCUGUUGGAACAGGAGGCUAACGAGGCUUACAUAUGGUUGGCCAAACAGACGCAGGCUAUUAGGAAGGUGUAGUAGAUGGGGGAGUGAAUAAAGUGGUUGAUUUGUUGUAGUAUCGUAGUU